UGGAGUACACAACGCACACAGUGAAAGAAAAUCAAAGAAAGAAAACUGGAAAAUGAGCAUCCGAGAUAUUAAGUAAUGUAAUCAGUAUCUGAUUGGGAAAAAGUGUCUGAUAGACCUAGCUAUCUUAACUGGAAUAUAGAAGGAGGGGAGGCUAUUCAGAUUGACCGCAGCGCUUGUAAUCUAAAGAAUCCGGAACGUGUUUAUACAUUUCCCAGACUGCAGCAGUAACAACGGGAAGUGUACCGCUUGGCUAAGGAGUUUCUCGCUAAGUGUACUUAUUCAAACAGAGAUGUCGUGUUCAUUAGAAAAUGUAUUGUCAGACGCCAAGUCGCUGGUGGAAAGACUUCGCAACCAUGACAAUGCAGCAGAGGUACUUAUCGAACAGACAACGUCCCUUAACAAGAGGGUGGAGGCCAUGAAACAGUAUCAGGAGGAGAUUGAGUUGCUGAACCGGGUAGCCCGGCAUCGGCCCCGUUCCAGCCUCGUCAUGGGCAUCCAGCAGGAAAACCGGCAGAUCCGUGACCUACAGCAGGAAAACAAAGAGUUGAGAACCUCCCUGGAGGAACACCAGUCUGCCAUAGAGCUCAUCAUGACUAAAUACAGGGAGCAGGUCUUCAGACUCCUCAUGGCCAGUAAGAAGGAUGACCCAGCCAUCGUCAACCAAUUAAAGGAGCAGCACACCACUGUGAGUGACCCACCCUCUUCUAGUGUCACAUCGCACUCAGGAGCUACCCUUUCUUCUUGUAUCGAAGAAGUUCAAAGCAAAUAUUUAUAUUGUUUCUAUUCUAUGACUCUGCAGGAAAUGCAAGCGCACAUAGAAAAGAUCAACGAGAUGGCUACGGUGAUGAGGAAGGCCAUCGAAGUGGACGAGGGGAGGUUGUGUGAAGAUGAGGAGAGGAUCAAGCAACUAGAGCUGGAGAACAGUGGUCUUCGUGAGCUGCUAGGGAUCAGUCGAGAAGCCUUCCUAGUUCUGACGAGAGAGGAGGCCUCGGAUAGCACAUCCCUGUCUGCCCUGUUGACCAGUGCCGACAUCAGCCUCCGGAAGAGUUAGGCCCACACCAGCACGAGCUUGGAGUGUGUAUAUGCCCCCCACCUUGUACAGACCAUACCCCCCCAAUCACCUACAGCCACACAGACUCCCAGAGUGCACUCAACAACGAACGAUGCCCCAGGUCAUACUGCCGCCCAACUGUCACACUACAUUGGAGGUAUACAGUUGGAAGCCUCUGAGACAAAUGGGAAAAUCCUCCAGCAGUUUAGUCUGUCAUGCAUUUUUAGUCCUGGCACGCAUUGUGCUAUAUCUGAUGAGCCUGUGGGGUUUUAAAGUGUGAAUGAGUGAAAGUGCUGCUCUUGAAUGACAAUAAAACACUUGAAAGAAACAUGUUAAAGUUUGGCCAGUGGCCUCCGGCUGAAACCCAGUGGUGGGAAAAAACGUAUGUGUGAACAGGACUAUUUGGAAUGCAUAUCUUACUGUAUGGUUGCACCAUGAUACAUCACAACUUCACUGAUGACAAACGUUUGGGACAAGAGGAGCAGAGAAACAAACAAGUGAUUUUUAGGGAAAACAAAUUUAUCAAAUUUCUCACACAACAAAACAAACACUGUAGACAAACAACCCAUUUUAAAACAAGACAUGGCACAUGAAAAGGUAAGUACCUAAGAGCUGUAGUGAAAAAUACUGAAAGGUAACCUUGACCUUUAAGAAAGCUUCAUCAGUAAUCUUAGUGCAUAGAAGCAUUUCCUAGUGAGGAAUUUCAACAGUAUGGCUAUAAUUUUACAUUGUCGGCGUCCUCACACCCCUGUGUGUUUUGGUUUGCAAACUGAGAAAAGUAGAAAUAGCCAUUUCUGCCUGCAUUUCAGUCUUUCCCAUCCUUGACAUUGUAAUCCUAAUCUGAAUCCUGUCAGGGAUUCUGCUAAUCAUAAAAUAUCAAUAAAUUCCCUAUCAAAUUUUAAUUCAACAUCUUGUCGUGUGCAAAUGGCGAGUAUUCACAAAAUCACUGGUUGGAUAUUACACUGCAUCUGAGGAUACCUUGUUGUUUUGCACAAGAGGGAAAAUAAUCUCUUAAAUUUCUAUUACUGAAUAUUUGGAGGAAAAACUGACAUCGGUCAGGGAAUGCAUUAAUAAGCCAGCUUUUCAUACCAAAGCACAUACUGGGUGGGUAAUGAGAGAGGAAUAACCUAAAGAAAAAGUCCCACAAAACACAUAUUGGACUACCUUAAAAUUAGUGUUUCCCCUAGGUUCAAUAAAUUGCCGAGACGCGCUUUUAAAGGGAUAGUCGUUUGGUCAAUGAUUGCAGGUCUAUGGGAAUAGCUGGCAGGACAUUGUGCUUACAAUACUAGCAAUGCACCCACCCAGCUACCCUUGCACCACUGCUAAAGAAAAGUCAUAGGGGAAACACUGAAAAUGCUUUACCAAACGAAAGCUGGCAAUAGAGAACAUAAACUCAACACUUCAGGAAACCGGAGAUCUUUGUGGGCUAUACUCGGCCUUGUCUCAGGAUGGUAAGUUGGUGGUUGAAGAUAUCCCUCUAGUGGUGUGGGGGCUGUGCUUUGGCAAAGUGG